ACAGGAUGAGUCACUCAGUUAUGUUUUGACUAUAAAGUCACGUUUUUCUGGUAUCUUUUUAUCUCCGAGCGAGUGACAGCAGGCCAGCAGGCCGGACCCCAACCUCCGACACACACAGCACAACAGUACCCCUACAACCUCCCUGGUCUUUUCAUCAUGAUUGGCUUGGGGCUUCUAAGCGCGAUACUGAUUUAUUUGUACCCGUCGUAUGCAACGUAUAAGGUUCUCGCAAAACGACCUGGGACAGAGGCUGAGGUAGAAAAAUGGCUCAUUUAUUGGUGUGUGGUUGGCGCGUUCGUGGCGUUUGAGAAAUCUUUCGAGUGGCUUGUGCACUGGGUGAUAUUUUACAGUGACAUCAAGGCGCUUGUCCUUCUGUUCAUAAGCCAAGGGGGAACAGGCGUUAUCUACCAUGGAUUCCUAAGCCAACACUAUGCGCAAUACGAACCGGAAAUAGACCAGCAUAUCGCAGACAUCAAGACUCAAACUUCAACUUACAUCCAGGAACGUCUUCAAGACCUGUUUAAGGCUGUCACAGGUGCUGCGCAGAGCGCAUCAAUUCCUCCAUCUGGGGCCGCUAACCAGACGUACGGUGACCUGGCAAGCCGUUUAUGGAGUGCGUAUGGAGGUUCUGCCUUGGCGACAAGAGCGAGAAUCCUUAGUGGCACCGGCGGCGCUGCGUUCACGAACGGCGCACCCUCCCCCAACGCGUUCAGUGGACAUGAGUUUGGGUUCUCGACAAGUGUGGAUCCUAAAGGACCCCCCGUUACAGAGGGGGGAGACCAACCGAACGUCACGCCCACGCUUCCACGUUCGACGUCUGGCAAUAAUAGGUCUCUUUCCCCUUCGCCCUCUCAGGGCUGAUUAUUCAUACACUGUUCAUUUAUCUUUGUAUCACUUUCGCGCAUGUAUAUGGUGACUGUAGCCUGGGCCUUGGUUUGUGUAAUAGAUUGGGCACGUUUUUGA